GUCUGUAGUGUGUACGCCGUACGGCUUCUCGUUUAGAGUGGUUCAAUUAAGUUGUAAUUCUUUGGUAGCUUGUUAUAUUUCUGAUACUUAAUAAUAAACCCAUAAAAUAUGAGAGGCAGAGGUGGACAACGAGGUAGAGGAUUCGCUCAAGGUGGACAGGGCAACAGGGAUUGGCACGCGAAAAAAUCUGCAACACAAAAUGGCCCACUGAUGACGGAUCACUUGAGAGAUAUUGAUAUAGAGUUGGAGAUAUUGAACAGACGAAGACAGAUGCUUCAGCAAGAACAUGAACUGCUUGAUCAGGAAAGGGAAUAUAAUGUGAAGAGACAUUAUGAUUAUGAGCAACCUAUGACUUCUUACAACCAGCCUAACUACUAUCACAGGCAAGGCAAUAAACGCCAGGCUGUUGAAAGAGCUCCUUCAAAUCAGUUCAACCUACCUGCAAGAGUUGAACCCUGGGAGCACAAUGCCCAAUCAAAUAACCCUAGCUUUAUCCCUCCAUUACUUAGCUCUGUGACAAGAGACCUUCUGACUAGGCCUGCUAGACCCCCUUCACGUAAAGAGUUUAGGCCAACUAAGCCCAAAGCCCCAGUGCGUAGCAAUUUCAAUCCAACUAAAGUAACAAAACAGAAAUUGCGUACUGGCUUUUUAAAAAAGACUUCAAUUUCUCACCCUCAAGACAUCCAACCAAAAACGAUCAUUACACCAAAAUCUAGCUAUGUGCCUCCAAAAUCUAGCCAUGUUCCUCCAAAAUCUAGCCAUGUGCCUCCAAAAUCGAGCCAUGUUCCUCCAAAAUCUAGCCAUGUGCCUCCAAAAUCUAUUUCUGUGCCUCCAAAAUCUAUUUCUGUGCCUACAAAAUCUAGUGUGGCUUCAUCUUUCGCUCCAAUAGAAGAUGACACAUUCAUUUUGCGUCAUAACGUCCAACCUUCGCCGCAGUUGAACGGCCGAUUGGAAUUAGCUUUAGGAAGUAUUACAAAGGAUAUUAGAAAAUUAGAUUCUUCUAAUUUCUCCCUAACCACGGCGUCAUUUCAAAGCCAACGAAUACUUAAGCAGAUAAUUAGAGAAAGGAUUCACUCUGUCAUGCUAGAUAAGAAGGUUGGGAAUAUGCAAGAUAUUGUUGCUUGCUACCGAAAAAAAUAUCCAGUAGAGACAGACGCCGAAUUACUUAAACUUGGCCAUGAUUGUCAGGUUUACUAUAUCCACACCUUGGGUAUUACGCCUACUAUUAACUCAGAUAAUGUUAAGGACUUUUUCAAGGCCAAUCUGACUAAAGUACUUCAUAAUAAAGUGGAAAAACUUUUAAGUCAACUUAAGGAUAUCAGCUCCGUUCAAGAUGGUGAUGAUACAAUACUGAAAAUAAUGGAUGAUGUAGUUGAUCUAGAAGAGAGUGAUAUAGUAGAAAAUGCACCACGAAAACCUAAGAAUGACGACCUGUCUAAAGAUGAAGUAUCUGAAGAAGAGAAAGUUAAUAAGAAGAUUGAGAAGGCAAAGAUUUAUAUGAAGUUGAUGGAGAACUUGAUUGACGUUAGACUGCCUGCUAUACUUACCAAACAUAAAGAAAGUUUUGUCACAAUGAUAGAACCUGAUAAAGAAUAUAAACUUGCCAAGGCUGAAGUUAUAGAGGCCACAGUGAAGGAAGCUGUUUCUCUUGUUGCCAAGAAAAUUGAUAAUACCAGGUUUGCUAUUAUGGAUGCAAUUAUUGAUAAUACUACAACCACUAAAGAGACUGAACAUACUGAAGAAAAUGAAGCAGUUUCAGUCAAUACUGAAGGUUCCAAUGAACCUACUGUUUCACAAAAUAUUUCAACUCCGCCAUUGGUGUGUGUGAGCACACCAACUUCCAAAAUAACUGAACAUCCCUAUUAUGUAAAGUUAAUUGGCCGUCCUGAAUUACCAUCUCGCGCCUCAGUCUAUGCAUAUUUAGAGCAAUUCAAACCUGCUAGCAUCAAAAAGCAUAAAACUAUUGGUAAUUUGCUAGUCAUUGGAUUUAAUGACAAGGAAGCUUAUGAAAAAAUAAUGGAGGCUGGCGAUAAAGUUAUUGGUGAAAAUACCAUGACUGUAAGGUCAAGUGAAAAGGUAAACCUGACUCCUCAAAAAGUUGAAAAUGUGAAUGCAACUCCACAGAAGAGUGAUGAUGCACUUAAUGACACAACUUCAAAAGAAAGUACUUCACUUAACGAUGCAGCCGAAAAUUCACUCCAAGAUACAACCACCAAUAAAGAAGGAAACGAAAUUAAGGAUUUGGACGCAACAGAUCUUAACGACAGCUUGAAUAUUGGUCAAGAUAUUGAAGAUCAAAUAACUAACUUACUCACGGAAGUUAAGAACGAAGAUGAUAAUGAUGAACAUCCAAAUACUGAUAAGGAGUAUGAAAAUAAAGACAUAACUAAACCUAGUGAAAGUGACGAUAAUAUUGGCGAAGAAGCUUCUAAAACGAUUUCCGAAGUUACUGAAACAACAGCUUGUGUAGAAAAUAUUCAACCAACUAAAACUAAGUCUCAGGAUAAUGAAAACUUAAAUGGUAAUGAUACAAAAGAUGACCACGCAAAUGAAAGCGAUCCAAAAAAACAAACAGAAAACGCACAUGUUGAAGUAAAUGAUGUUAAAAGUAAUCUUAAAGAUUGCGGACGCGCAACACCUACAAGGUCCUCAUCUCGAUUAGCGGCGACCCCUAGUACAAUUAAAACUAGACGCGCCAGUAGAUUAGCGCAAAAUCAAUGAUAAUAAUAAUAGUUUGCUGAAGUAAAAUUUGAUUGAAAUUAAUUUUAUGUGAAUUUGGUAUAAAGCUGUGUUAGCUUAUAAUUAUGUGACUAAUAAUGGAUUAAAUUGAUUAAAUUCUUA